GCAGAAAGGUCAGCGAUGGCAGUGGUCCGGAAAUCCCGCCUCCCCGGGUGUCUGCUCACCCUCGUGCUCCUGCAGCUGCCCAAGCUGGAUUCAGCUCACUUUGAAGUGAUGGGGCCCCCGGAGCCCAUCCUGGCCAUGGUGGGAGCAGACGCCGAGCUGCCCUGUCACCUCUCCCCCAACGUGAGCGCCGAGCACCUGGAGCUGCGGUGGUUCCGACGGACGCCGUCGCCCGCCGUGUUCCUGUACCAGGCGCCGCAGGAGCGGGAGCAGGAGCUGAUGCCAGAGUACCGCGGCAGGGUGGCGCUGCGGCCCGACCAGGAGCUGAUGCCAGAGUACCGCGGCAGGGUGGCGCUGCGGCGCGACGACAUCGCCGCGGGGCGCGCGGCCCUGCGGAUCCGGGGCGUCCGCGCCUCGGACGAGGGCGAGUACCGCUGCUUUUUCAGGGACAACGCCAGCUACGACGAGGCCAUAGUGCACCUCCGAGUGGCAGCUCUGGGCUCCGAGCCUCACAUCACCAUGGAAGUUCAGGAGAGUGGCGAGGUCCGGCUGGAGUGCACCUCCGUGGGGUGGUAUCCAGAGCCCCAGGUGCAGUGGAGAUCUGCCAAGGGAGAGGAGUUCCCGACCACGUCAGAGUCCAGGAGUCCUGACGAGGAAGGCCUGUUCACUGUGGCAGCCUCAGUGACCCUCAGGGACAGCUCCAUGGACAGUGUGUCCUGCUGCAUCCGGAACCUCCUUCUUGGCCAGGAGAAGGAAGUAGGGGUUUCCAUUCCAGCUCCCAUCUCCCCCAGGCUGACUCCCUGGAUGGUGUCUGUGGCGGCCAUCCUUGUGGUCUUAGGGCUGCUCACCACUGGAUCCAUAUUUUUCAUCUGGAGAUUGUACCAGGAGAGACCCAGAGAGAGGAGGAGCAAAUCCAGCUCUACAGAGAAACUCCUGGAAGAGCUCAAUUGGAAAAAGGCGGCAUUGCAUGCAGUUGAUGUGACUCUGGAUCCAGACACAGCCCACCCUCACCUUUUUCUGUACGAAGACGCAAAAUCUGUUCGACUGGAGGAUUCACGUCAGAAGCUGCCUGAGAAUCCAGAGAGAUUUGACUCGUGGCCAUGUGUGCUGGGCCGAGAGGCCUUCACCGAGGGGCGGCAUUACUGGGAGGUGGAGGUCGGGGACAGGACCGACUGGGCCAUCGGCGUGUGCAGGGAGAAUGUGAUGAAGAAGGGGUUUGACCCCAUGACCCCUGACAACGGGUUCUGGGCUGUGGAGCUCUAUGGGAAUGGAUACUGGGCCCUCACCCCUCUUCGGACCCCUCUCCCAUUAGCAGGCCCCCCUCGCCGGGUUGGGAUUUUCCUGGACUACGAAUCGGGAGACAUCUCCUUCUACAACAUGACUGACGGGUCGCACAUCUACACCUUCCCUGGCAUCUCCUUCUCUGGCCCCCUCAGGCCCUUCUUUUGCCUGUGGUCCUGUGGGAAAAAGCCCCUGACCAUCUGCCCAGUGUCUGAAGGGCCUGAGGGGGUCACAGUCAUCCCUGAAGCCCAGAACCUUUCCAAGGACAUCCCACUGUCCCGUGUGGGGCAGGACUCUGCCUCUGGGGACACAGACACUCUCCGUUCUAAACUCAUCUCUUCCCAGCCCAGCCGAGGGGCACCUUAAGGCAUGACCCGCUCAGCCACCUUCCUGAGCUCCAGCCCCUCCUCCACCCUGGCAGCCCUUUGGUGGGAGCAGGGAGCAGGGCCUUCCCGGUCUGUUUCGGCACCAGUACUCGGGGGUGAGGAGCUGACUCCUACGCUGCUCCAGUGCUCUCCUAUCGCUGGAGACCAGAACCCGUGGGGAGGACAGCUCAGGGAGGGACAGGUCCACCCGUGGGUGUGGCAGAAACACUUGGCGUCCAGAAUAGAGGAACGGGUUUUAAGCAAGAAGAAAGCACAGGGGGUUCGGGAAAGAAAGAUCUUAGGCUAACAUCCAUAAAGAAGGUUGGAGGGGACAUGAUGGUGGAAGGAAAUGAGGCCAGUACGGUCCCUGCCCCUGGAUUUGCAGGUCUGUUUCUCACCUUUCAGGCUCCGCCCUACAGGAUAGAGGACCUACUUUUAUGGGGGUGGAGCUGUGGGAAAGGAGGAAGGGGAGGAGUUGAGAGGAGCAGGGGUGAGGGGUUGGGCAGAAGGUGUGACAGGAGGGAACUGGUAGACCAAACUCAGGCCUGUGCAUAGCCUCUGGCCCUGCUCCUCUCUGGGCACCCUCCUGAUUGGCCCUUGCCUGGGGUCAGACCAGACUCACCCUGUUGACUGCACAGGUUUCCCAAGCUCUUCUUUUUGAUGUAGACCCUUCUUCCAUGACAUGGCCACAUGAUAGACACUUUUCAGCCUUGUGCCCCGUCAGUCCUCACCUGUGUCCAAGCCCCACACACGCCUUUGGUCAGCGUCAGUCACCACCCAUUUCCAGCUGUGCCAGUUCCCACAGGCUGCCUGUCCUGGGGGUGCCCUGAAGGCUGCACCGUGGUGCUCAGUGCAGCUGGGAUAACCACGCCUGCUCCUGGUCCCCUGAGCAGGCUCCUGCGAGUGGCUUGUCUUGCCAAAGGGCUGCAGUUGUGUCCAGGUGCCGCCUCCCAUUUCCAUCUGUCUCUAGCUCCCAGCCUGAGCGUUGCCCAGGGUCCUUGUCUAAUAAAGAAGUCUGUGUA